CUGAAAUUUCAGAUGUCCUAACUAGUGAAAAGUGCUAGGUAUAUGUUGGGAACCUACGGACGUUGCAGAGCUGAGCGAGUUUACUGGCUAGGGAUUGGUUAGUUCAAAAAUGGGAGGGAAAGAAUUGAUAACGGAAAUUCUCUCUUUGUCAGAAUGAUGGGCAUUGAAAGAAUUCCCUGCGGAGGUUCCCAACCAAUGGACGUUCAGCUAAAGGGAACUGGAGGGAUAUAAAAGCUUUGUACUCUUCCACUGUUGAAUCAUUCAGUAUUUUAUCAAAUAUCUGUACGGAACUCGUUUCAAAAUGACUGGUCGCGGCAAAGGAGGAAAAGGACUCGGCAAAGGAGGCGCCAAACGUCAUCGCAAAGUUUUGCGUGACAACAUCCAGGGAAUCACCAAGCCGGCCAUCCGUCGUCUUGCCCGUCGUGGUGGUGUGAAGCGUAUCUCUGGUCUCAUCUACGAGGAAACCCGUGGUGUUUUAAAGGUGUUUCUCGAGAACGUGAUUCGUGACGCCGUCACCUACACUGAACACGCCAAGAGGAAGACUGUGACGGCCAUGGAUGUCGUCUACGCACUGAAACGCCAGGGCCGUACUCUGUACGGUUUCGGCGGUUAAACAAUUAUUUUCAUUUAGACUCCGAUCUCAAUUCAAUCGGCCCUUUUCAGGGCCACAAA